UUUUUUUGAUCCGCCGCGUUAAAAGUGCGCUUUGUACCGAAAAAAAAGAGGAAGAGAUAAAGUAUUGAAAUUUUCGAGGCACAGAAUAUAAUCGGUUUUUUUUGGCUCUUCAAUUCCAACGUAAACUACAUUAUACUACAAUGAUGCAAACUUCGGAUUUUGAGGUUACUUCACCUCCUACUGACGGCAUAACAGGGCUUUCAUUCUCUCCUCAAGCCGACAUAUUAGCGGUUUCCUCUUGGGACACGGCAGUACGCAUAUAUGAAGUUCAACCCAACGGAAGUACAAUACCCAAAACCUCUUACAAUCACGAAGGACCCGUUCUGUGUGUUGAAUGGACAAGUGAUGGUAGCUCAAUAAUAUCCGGCGGUACAGAUAAAGCAGUGCGUAUGUACAGUUUAGCAACAGGCCAAAGUACACAGAUCGCUGUCCACGAUGAGCCUGUCAAAUGUAUCAAAUUUCUCGAAAACCAACCUAAUAUUUUGGCUUCAGCCAGUUGGGAUAAGACCAUUCGUUAUUGGGAUGUGAGGGCAAGCCCAGGUCAACCCGUCUCAAAAGUCGACUUACCGGAACGAUGUUAUUCAAUGGAUACUAAGAAAGGUCUACUAGUAGCAGCAACAGCAGAUAGGCAUGUUAUGGUAUAUGAUUUAAAUAAUCCUACAGUUGUGUUUAAACAUGCGACAUCGCCAUUGAAAUGGCAAACGCGUACUGUGUCCUGCUUUAUUGAUGGUUCAGGUUAUGCGAUUGGGUCGAUUGAGGGGCGUGUCGGUAUACAGUAUCUGCAAGAUAGUGAUAUAGCUAAAAGCUUUUCUUUUAAAUGUCACCGAGACGACGCAGCCAAGGCGGUUUACUCAGUUAAUGAUAUAAAAUUUCACCCUGUCUACGGCACUUUUGCAACAUCAGGAGCAGAUGGUAACAUUAUAUUUUGGGAUAAAGAUUCCAAACAACGAUUAAAAGCUUUACAAAAAGCUGCUGGUACCAUAGCUUGUACGAAUUACAAUCGUACAGGCAAUAUCUUCGCUUAUGCUAUUAGUUAUGACUGGACAAAGGGACAUCAAUUUUAUGCAACUGAGGGUCAAAUGAAUAAAGUCAUGUUACAUCCUAUAACUGAUGAAGAAUCUAAACCGAAGCCAAAGGUGAAAUAAAAUUUGUAAAUAUUUAAUCCAUGGUGUAAAUAAAUUAUAUUAUGUAACUCU